AUGCCAAACGCGACUCACUACCAUUAUAGCGGGAGGGCGCUGCUAAGGCUUCAGGCCAUCGUCUUUCAGCGGCCGAUAGCCCUUCCCCGUGAUAAGGUUUAUCCUUCCAACUCUCAUCUUUCAUAUGCGUACUUGGACAUCUUAUACCACGUCGCGAGCAACACUGCCGCACUGAGGAACCUGUGUGAUCGAUCAAUCGAGACAAUGGGGAAGUCACUAGUUUACCCAAAGUACCCCAGAAGCACCCUGAACCGGUACAAACACCGGGGAACCUACGAGUUGGGGAAAAUUCACUCCAUCGUCAAUGAGUGCGCCGUCCUGCAUGUCUCCUUCCCCGCAGGCCCUGAUGAUCCGUUCCCCGCGAUUCUCCCCAUGAUUGGCCAGAUGGGCUCAUUCGAGUAUCCGUCCGCGGACAUAAAUGAGCCCCUAGACUGCUAUCUACAUGGGUAUGUCAGUUCACGAAUCAUGAACCUUGCUCGAGCUACCAACGGCGAAGGCGACGCCCAGAGCCAGCGGCUGCCGGUCUCCAUCUCCGCCGCCCACGUCGACGGCUUCAUCCUUUCCCUCACCCCGAACUCGCACAGCUACAACUACCGUUCGGCCAUACUGCAUGGGUACGCGACGGUUGUGACGGACGAGGCAGAAAAGCACUGGGCCAUGAAGCUCGUCACCAACGGUGUCGUGGAGGAUCGCUACGAUCAUACCCGCGUGCCACCCAAUAAGGUGGAGAUGACGUCGACAACAAUACUGCGUGUGAGGAUUGUGGAUGGCAGUGGGAAGAUUAGGGAUGGGAGCGUGUCGGACGAGAGGUACGACCGCGAGAAUAAAGCGCUUACGAGCAAGGUGUGGACGGGGGUGGUACCUGUUUGGCAGGUAAUGGGGGAACCGAUUCCCGCGCCGGAGAAUGAGGUUAAAGAGGUACCGGAGCAUAUCAGGGGGUUUAUUGACAGGGUCAAUGAGAGAAAUAAGGCGUAUGCUCACGACGCGGCGGUGGUCGGGUUGCCAAAAGAAGAGCAACAUUAA